AUGAUGAUGACUGCAGCUGUGGCUGUGCUGGCGGAUGUGGCGGAUGCUCCAGCAACAUCAGCAACUGCACAGGCUGUGGCUGUGCAAGCGGCUGUGGGACUGGCUGCGGAAGCUGCGGAAGUGGCUGCUGUGGUUGUGGACAGCCUUGUGGUGGCUGCAACGGCUGCUGCGGGGGCUGUUGCUGCGGAGGCUGCAGCGGCUGCGGUUGCAGCGGUGGCUGCAACUGCGGGGGAUGUGGCAACGGCUGCUGCAGCUGCUGUGGCUGUGGAGGUUGUGGUGGAUGUGGAUGUGGCGGCCGUGGAGGUUGCAGCUGUGGUGGGGCCUGUGACAGUUGUGGAGGGGGAUGUGGCGGCUGUAGCGGCUGCUGUCAAGGAACUGGAACGCUGA